GCACAACCAAUAGAAAGAAGAAAGACGACCAAGCACAGCACACCGCAACAUACGGUACAGACGAUACAAAAGAGAGCAACGAAGAAUAGCAACGACAUGGGAGGCACCGCCAGAAAACGUUCCGCCGACCAMCUCUCGUCGGCCAACGCCGGCACCGAUCCCGGUGCAAUGGAAGGAGUCGGCGGCGGAUCGGCGACGGGGACCGUGAAGAAGACUCGUAGCAGUCGAAAAAAGAAGGACAAGCGGUCCAAAAAAUCAAAGGAGACGGACAAUGYUUCCGGCAACAUUGGCGGCAGCAAAACCAAGGAUGGGUCGCCGCURGAAAUGUGAGUCAAGCCGAGACAAGACAAGACGCGGUUGAGUUGAUUUGAGGUGAACACUUCCAUAGGWGCUCUACGAUCGUGAUUUGRGAUAGCUCGUUUUACAAUUCAAACCCACGAUCGGGUUCGAUCGCACUACRUUGUGUAUUGUAUUAGACWAUUGUUUUGUUUUGUUUUUUUCUGUUCUGUUCUUUUCCGCAACAUUUACUUUUCUUUGUACCAACAUUACUCRUAUUUUCCUUCCUGCACCACAGAACGGCCACGGCAGAGGGAAAACAGAUGGCCCAGGUUUUGAGCACCUUUUCGAGGUUGGAACAGUCGCGCUUUGAAGCCUUUCGAAAGGCAUCCUUUCCGGGCGAUGCCAUUGCCAAGUUUGUGGCACAUUGUCUCAUUCACGAGCAGCACCGACCGCUUUCGGGAAGCAUCGAUUUCGGAGCGAACGGAAUCAGCGGAAAUGAAACGGAGACCGAUGGUUUGAAGACCGCCAAUGGCGGUCUAUCGAACGGUGCUGACCCAAACGACGCCCCGGACAGCAACAACCUAAACAACAAGGACAACCCAAACAGAAAUAGUAAGGCGAUCGGCAAUAAAAAUGGCAAUGUCGACUCCAAUGCCAUCUCURUUCAGCUACAUUCACAGGGACGUCCAACAAUUACAACAUCCGUGCGGAACAAGAGCCGCUUCCGCCACCUGCGGCCCGUCGGAUGUGCUACCCGCAAGUCUGUUCUCUCGGAAGUGGUAGCGCCAGGGCAAGCCGGGGACAUCACCGUUGUGGUGAGUACUCUGGCAAAGGAAUACGCCCAGCGAUUGGUCAUGGAAGCCCGCAGGCACGCGUCCGAGCGGAAGCAACGAAAGCGGCGGCGGAAGCUCGAGCAGGUAGCACAGAGACGGAGCGAUGCGCCCGGCGAAGCAGGCGAGUCGGAAUCGGACGGMUCCUUGUCCGAGGAAGACGAAGAUCCUUCCACUUCUCCGAGGGACAUUCUCGAGGCCUACGCGCACCGGCAAGCCCGGGGAUUGGACCCCGGAUUCUUCCUGAACGAAACGGGCGGAGGCCCUUCGAACGGUGUCUGUGUGUCCGGGGUCUUGGCCGAUCCGGACGUCCAYCGUCGGCAGGAUCUAACUCGGAAGGUGACCYUAGCAGCACAGCGUGCCUACGACGAGGAGGCCCGAAAGAAAACAAGCGAAGGCGAAGGCGAGGAGCAAGAGCAACGAGAACAACAGCAAGACGAGGAAGACGAAGCUGUCAGAACGGGGGACAACGAGGGUGGCGCCAAGGYGAUGGAAAUCCAAGACRGGGAAGGUAACGGUGAUGGCAACAACGACGAAAAACAGGACACCAAAGAAGCAGUCGAAACGUGGGACUAUUUGCAACCGGAAGAAAGGGGAGAAAUGCAAGAAGACCCCAGCGAGAAAGCGGUGUGGCUGUAUGCCAGGCAUGUUMAUCGAAUGGUCGCCAGGCAACACGGAAUCAGCAUAGUUACRAGCGAUAGCGAGACUGAACCGGAGAACGAAGGAAUGAUCAAGCGGAAAGGAACACCGAAUGCRAAACCAAACGAAGGCAGCAGCAGCAGCAAGAGCAAUGCCGAAGAGCCAGACGUACCGAGUGCCGAAGCGAUCMACAAACCAAACGACGACGACGACRACAACAAAGACCAAACCAAAAGCAGAAACAACUCGCACACAGAAGAAAGUGCCGAGGACCACGAAGUUCCAAAAGCGACACCGGUUGCUUCUGGAGCCGAAGAAGAUGCGACUCUUAUGGAUCUCUCCACGAGUUAGAAAAUCCCACACCUCGUAGCCAGCUGGAGCAAUUUCUUUGAGACUCGGCGGUGCAGCAAAAAACUUUAGUAUUUCCCGAUCGACGACACGCUGUCCUUUCUUUGUCGUUGCAGAGUAGAGAAAACCAGCGUGGUCCGUUUCCGUAGUAGUCGACAUCAAUAAAUGGAUUCAUAAACG